AGAUUUGUCCAUUUCGGACCGGAAGCUGUGUUGUUUACAUGUUCUAAGAUGGCGGCGGGGAUGUAUUUGGAGCAUUAUUUGGACAGCAUAGAAAACCUGCCCUUUGAGUUGCAGAGAAACUUCAAUUUGAUGCGGGACCUGGAUCAACGCACUGAGGAUCUGAAGGGACAGAUAGAUUCUCUGGCUAAGGAGUACACAGCCAACGCCCGAACGCUUUCCUCUGAACAAAAGCUGUCCAUACUGAGGCAGAUCCAGCAGUCUUACAGUAAAUGCAAGGAGUUUGGAGAUGAUAAGGUGCAGCUGGCCAUGCAGACCUAUGAAAUGGUCGACAAACACAUCAGACGUCUGGACACGGACCUGGCUCGGUUUGAGGCUGACCUGAAAGAGAAGCAGAUAGAGAGCACAGACUAUGAUUCCACCUCCAGUAAGGGAAAGAAAGCUGAAACCAGACAGAAAGAGAAGAAGACGGCUAAAACAAGGUCUAAAGUGAAGAGUUCAGACGAAGAUGGCAGUCCAAAGAGUGCACAGAAGAAAGUCAAACUCCUUCAACCAGGAGAAUUCAACAGCCCUGCCACCAACUUUGGGAAUGUGCACCCAUCUGAUGUGCUGGACAUGCCAGUGGACCCCAACGAACCCACUUACUGUCUGUGUCAUCAGGUCUCGUACGGCGAGAUGAUCGGCUGUGACAAUACUGAUUGCUCCAUUGAGUGGUUCCAUUUUGCAUGUGUUGGCCUGACGACCAAACCAAGAGGCAAAUGGUACUGUCCUCGAUGCUCUCAAGACAGAAAGAGAAAAUAAGGACACCUGGAACGAAAGGUGGACACUGAUCAGAUGGAAAAUGAGAAGAAAAUUUCUUCAUUAGUUACUAGAAUUUUCGUUUUUCAUCUUCCUUAACAUUUGGUGCUUUUUCUUUUGGUUUACGUAAUUUGCCUUGCCUCUGGUGCAGCGUGUGUGAAGGAGCCAAGUGGUUACAAAUUUAUUUAAAUAUUGUUUUUGUUUUUUUUUAACGGUUAACAAUAUAUUUUUUAGUUACUUUUGGUGCUUUUUUUUUGAUUUUUUUUUUGGAUUUUUUUUUUUUUACAUUUUGUUUUACGAGUGAAUAAUAAACACUACAACUGCCCCCAACGGUUUAACAGUUCAACUUAUCACAAUACUUUAUACUUUAUACACAUGUACGACUACAAAUUCAAGUAUUUUUCUCUGAAAAAAAAAAGUUAGGCCCUGGAUACUUUUUUGCUUUGUUGUAUAGUUAGUUUCUUGUGCUUAGCCUUGGAACACUAGAUUUAUGUUUUAAAUAUUACAAGAUGGCAAAAGAACAUGAAGACAGAUGCUGCAUCCUGACAGUAUUUGUCAUCUGUAGGUAGUAAGUUAAAUCAUUUCAUUUUAACAUUUGAUUGAGUGCUGUAUAGAAAGUAAGACAUUUUGUGAAAAGUAUUGUCAUUUCUGUAGCUGAAACAUUGGUACAGUGGAGAAGGGG